AUUUUUGUUUUCAGCGUCACUAACAUUUCGUAUAUAAUAACAAUUAAAAUUUGUUAGUAAAUAUGGAUGAGUUUAGUGAAAUUUUAAUUUCAAAAGUAAGUGCCCAUCGGUAUCUUUAUGACAAUCAGCAUAAGGAAUAUAAAAAUUUGAUUGCCAAAGAGCAAGCAUGGGCAAAGAUUGGGGAAGAAUUGAAAAUGUCGCCCAUGAAAGUGAAGACCAGAUGGAAGAAUUUGCGCGACUCAUAUGUAAAAUAUAGGAAUCAAUUAAAUAAAGUUACCGACGAUGCCAGCAAAGAAGCUAUAAAUAAUCGUUUUUCGAAAUGGACUAGUCGUCCAUAUUUAUCUUUUUUAGAUGAAACUUUAUCACGGCGCUCACAGUCCAUGGCACAGGUACCUACCAAACUCGAAAGCAAAUCGCCACCGGCAAAACGUACCAGAGGUAUGCUAGAUGAUGAAAGCAUUCGAGAAAGCAAAAGAAUUGAUUUGAGUAUAGUAAAAAAGAAUGGUCAAAGCAAAUUACGUUCUAUUUUACAUGAAGAACAACCAAAUGCUAGUGAGGAUUCUAACGAUUCUUCAGAAUCUAAAAUUACGACUAUUGAAAUACAAAAUACUAAACCGGAAAACUGUCUCGUGUUUUCUAACACGAACGGAAUUGUUGCAAGCGAAAAAAACAAUACUUUAAUACCAAAAUCGGCCAAUGAAGGCGAAGGCGAUGCAGUUGAUCUUUUAUUUAGCAGUUAUGCAAAAACAUUUCGAGUGCUAUCUUUAAUGCAACAAAUUAAUGUUAAAGUUGAAAUGGCAAAACUAUUUGCCAGUGCCGAACUUCGGAGUCAGCAUACAAAGUAGUAGUAUUUUAAUUAUUAAUACGUAUUUUUCUAAUGUGAAAUUUAGUGUUUUAUAAUAAAAUAUAAUUAAAUCUGUAAAUAUAUAUAUAAA